CUGCGUCGUUGCUUCCUCCGGCAUCGCCUUCAGCAGUGGAACAGCAAGCUACAUGUUAGCAAUGAUCCCAAGAAUAGCUAAUCAAGCAGAAAUAGGGAACACUCCCAAUAACGUGAAGAACCUUUCUAUUGGGUGGAUGAUUGCAUUCCUUUUUGUUGUCAGCUUCGUUGGCCUCUUCUCAAUCGUCCUCUUCAGGAAGAUGAUGGUGCUGAAAUUCAAACUCACAUACCCAAGUGGAACUGCAACGGCUUACCUCAUCAAUAGUUUCCACACGCCAAAAGGAGCUAAGCUAGCAAAGAGACAAGUGGGGACUCUCUUCAAGACCUUUUCGUUUAGCUUUUUAUUCGCAGGUUUCCAGUGGUUUUUUGCUGGCGGAGAUGAUUGUGGCUUUGCCAGUUUCCCUACAUUUGGUUUCCAAGCAUAUGCUAAAAGGUUCUACUUUGAUUUUUCGUCAACAUAUGUUGGGGUGGGGAUGCUUUGCCCCGCAAUGGUAAAUGUGUCGUUGCUGAUAGGAGCGAUAAUAUCAUGGGGAAUAAUGUGGCCAAUGAUUGAAGCAAAGAAGGGCGUGUGGUACUCAGCUGAUGUGCCUGCUUCCAGCCUUCAUGGCAUCCAAGGAUAUAGGGUCUUCCUUGCCAUUGCCAUGAUGCUAGGCGAUGGGCUUUUCCACUUCGUAUACAUGAUCAUAACCACCACCCUAAGCUUGGCAAAGCGCAGCAGCAAAAAAGAAGAAGAUGAUGAUGACAGUGAUUAUGAUGAGAAAAUAAGGAAAGAAUACUUCUUGAAAGACUCCAUACCCAAAUGGUUAGGAAUAGGAGGCUAUGUCGCCCUCGCCGUCAUCUCCAUUCUCGUCGUCCCCCUCAUCUUCCACCCUCUCAAAUGGUACCACAUCCUCGUCGCCUACGCCAUGGCCCCCGUCCUCGCCUUCUGCAACGCCUAUGGCUGCGGCCUUACCGACUGGUCCCUCGCCUCCAACUACGGCAAAGUCGCCAUCUUGGUUUUUAGCGCCUGGGUCGGCCUCAAUGGAGGUGGGGUCCUCGCGGGCCUCGCCUCCUGCGGCGUCAUGAUGAGCAUCGUCUCCACCGCCUCCGACCUCAUGCAGGACUUCAAGACCGGGUACCUCACCCUGGCCUCGCCGCGGGCCAUGUUCUUCAGCCAGGUCAUCGGCACCGCCAUGGGCUGCAUCAUCACGCCGCUGGUCUUCUGGAUCUUCUACAAGGCCUACCCACUCGGUGACCCCACCGGGUCCUACCCCGCCCCCUACGCGCUCAUGUACCGCGGCAUCGCUUUGCUCGGCGUCGAGGGCUUCGGCUCCCUCCCCCACAACUGCCUCCGCCUGGCGAUAGGGUUUUUUGUCGCGGCGGUGUUGGUCAACGCCUUGGUAGAGGUGCUGAAGAAGUACGAGAAGAGGAUGGGGAUAUAUCGGUUCAUUCCUAGUCCUAUGUGCAUGGCCAUCCCGUUCUACCUCGGGGGAUACUUCGCCAUUGAUAUGUGUGUCGGCAGCCUGAUUCUGUUUCUGUGGCGGACGUCUGACCGGCAGAAGGCGAGGGACUUUGGGCCGGCGGUGGCGUCGGGGCUUAUCUGCGGCGAGUCGUUGUGGGGAAUCCCGGCAGCUGUGCUCGCUUUGGCCGGCGCUAAAGCGCCCAUAUGCAUGAAGUUCGUCUCUCCUUCUUCAUCCUAGCUAGUUUACGUUGUUUAGCUUUUUGUUAUGGUGUUUUUAGCUUAAUUAAUUAGUUAGUUAUUCCAAUAUUAUAUCGGUAUGUAGCUUGUAGAAAGUUUUUGCGUCUUUGGAUUAGACGAUGUUUCUAUUUACUCAUACGGACCCACAAAGAUUUGCCAUUGGAGUUUUCAGCCAAACGAGUUAGAUUUGACUAA